AUGAUUCUCGCUAUGCAUGUGCUAUAUACACAUUUACUACUCUUGGCGGCUAAGAGUGUAGCCGCUUUGCCCAAUCAUGGAGACUCCCACUCCGCGAAAGCUCCUGACACUGUUGUCAUUGAUGGCCAUCGCUUAGUGGAUGCAAAGGCGCAGCUUAAUAGAGGCAAUGACUCUCUCAAAGCUUCCCUGGAUCAUCUCGUCGGCCAAGCGGAUAGUUGGCUUAGUCAGGGCCCCUGGACCGUUACUUCAAAGGCCAAUGCGCCUCCCAAUGGCACGAUCCAUGACUAUGCCUCCCAAGCACCAUACUGGUGGCCUAAUCCCAACUCUGCGGACGGUUGCCCUUACAUUAAUAAGGACGGUGUACGCAACCCAGAAGUUGACAACUACCCGGACAAGAUCGACUCGAUUAAACUGUUCAACUCAACAUACGUCCUCUCGCUGGCGUGGUACUAUACCGGCAACCCAAAAUAUUCCUAUCAUGCGGCAGACAUCAUUCGAACUUGGUUCCUCAACCCAGAGACGGCCAUGAACCCUAACCUCGACCAUGCGCAGAUAAUUCCCUGCGCCAACACUGGCCGAUCGAUUGGUAUCAUCGACUUUUCCCAGGACUAUACUGAAGUUAUCGACGCAGUUGCUAUCCUCAACACUGGUGCCCCUGGAUGGAGUAAAACGGACGCAGCAGCAUUCCACGAAUGGAACAAACGAUUCCUUAUAUGGCUUGCCUAUUCGCCGUUCGGUGUUGAAGAAUCUAGCGCAACGAACAAUCACGGCACUUUUGCAAAUAUGCAAAUCACCGCCCUUGCCCUCUUCACUGGAAACCAUUCCCUUGCACUCAGCAAGGCAAAUUUAGCAAAGGACUUUAUCGAUAACCAAAUUACGUCCAACGGCUCCCAACCUCAAGAACUUGCUCGGACGCGGAGCUUCCACUACUCCAACUUCGAUCUCACCGCACAUCUACGCUGGGCAUUAAUCGCACGAAAACUAGGCGUCGACUUGUUCAAGUACGAAGGUCCACAGGGUCAGACACUCUUCAAGGCGGUGAACUUCUUGGUGCCGGCGGCAACCGGCGGUGCGAGUGAUUGGGCGUAUCCCGAACUGCAGUUUACUCAGUAUGCUGCAACAGAUAAUAUCCACGCAGCAGCGCAGGAGGGCGAUCUCACGGCAGAGGGGGCGGUGAAGAAGCUACAGCCCCCCUCCCGGGAGUGA